AUGAAGCAGCUUUCACAGACACAGGAUCCAAUCCACUUCCUCAAGAGGCAACAUAGAGAAGAGGAGUGUGCUCAGACAACUACCCUGAGGAACUCCACAGGGUAUGAUGUGUUUGUUAGAGGCUGUGAUGUGACCAGAAGGACCUUCAGCCAAAGCCACUUCUUUGAGCCCCUGAAGGAAUCUGUGUCUGCACUGAAGAUGCAGCUGAAGGAGAAAUUAGAGUCAGUCUUCAAGCAGGAAAUGGUCAAGAUAUCUGAAGCAGAUACUGAUCCUGAACUCCCCAUCAGAAGAGCAGAGUGUACGGAGACCCUUCCAGCACCCAUGUCUGAUGGCCAGGCUCUUAUUGCUGAACCAGUGACCAGAGAUGACUUCUUUCAGUUGUCUGAUGGCCAGGCUCUUACUGCUGAAUCAGUGACCAGAGAUGACUUCUUACAGUAUUCCUGUCACUUCACUCUGGAUCCAAACACAGCACACAGAGUCCUCCAUCUGUCUGAGGGGAACAAGAGGGUGGAGUACAGACGUAAGGUCCAGUCAUAUCCUGAUCAUCCAGACAGAUUUGACAGGCAUCCUCAGGUGUUGUGUAGAGAGGGUGUGUCUGCACACUGCUAUUGGGAGGUUGAGUGGAGUGGAGGGGUUGGUAUAGCAGUGUCCUAUAAAAACAUCAGGAGGAAAGGAGAUGGUGAUGAGUGUAUGUUUGGAGGUAAUGAUCAGUCCUGGAGGCUGUACCUCUCCAGCUCCAGUGCCUCUUUCCAUCACAACAAUAAACAAAUGGAACUCCCUCUAGUGGCCAGCUCCAGAAUAGGAGUGUAUGUGGAUCACAGGGCAGGAGCUCUGGCCUUCUACAGCAUCACGGGAGACAUAAUGACCCUCCUGCACAGAGUCCACUCCACAUUCACACACACCCUCUACCCUGGGUUUAGAUUGUUUAGUAAACCAUCAUCAGUGACACUGCUCUGAGGCUCCUACAGGCAAAUGCUGCUCCUGUGGGUCAUUCAACACCCAUUCAUUCGUGCUCUUGGGUUUAGGUUAUAUUUCUCAUUGGGUGCAU